UAAUAAUGUAUGAGAGUAUUGAUUUGUGUCAUGUACUUACAUAGUAUACAAAUUAUACGUUUUAUAAAAAGCAAUUUUAUAUACUUUACAAUCUUCUUCAUAAUUUGUUGUUGUUAUACAAAUUUAUAAUAAUUUUAAUAUAACUAUCUGGAGUAAUAAUGUAAUAAGUCCAUUUUUUAUAAUGUGUAGCAAAGACAGCCAAAAUUUGGGCUUUGGGACUUCAGUUUUAUCUCUUGUGGCUAUGAAAGAUCUUUUGUUUUGUAUUGCAUAUUUAACAUUCUUAUAUAUCUUUCUUCUAAUAUUAUUAAUACACAUUAAUUAAAAAAUCUACAUUUAUAUUAUCUUGAUAUCACAAAUAUCUUAGAUAUUAAUGUAAUAUAUUUAUUUUUGUUAUCAUCAGGCCAUAAUCCGAACUAGUAACAGGUUCAAUUUUUCAAUGUUGUUCCUGUCUAAUUUCGGAGCCAACCAGCUAAACUAUACAGUGAACUGUGUCAACUCUCUUCUACAGUAUAUUCUGACAAUAUAAAAUAUUAUACAAUACGUACUCAUGGAUAUAUAAUAGGCCCCAAACUGCUAACACUAAUGCAAAUGUCCAAUUUUCGUUGCCAUUUUCAAAGUGGUUUCAAAUUGAUUGGACUUUGGCCUCAUUGGUGAAAGUGGUGUGGCCAUACGACGCGCUUGAUAUUAUUUAAUCCAUGAGUUAUUGCAUAUGAAGAUUGCGUUCAAGUUUAAACUAUAACUUCUGUCAUAACAAUAUUAAAAAAAUUAAUUAUCCACUGUUAUACAUGAAUGCAUUAAAGAUUUUAUCAAAUAUAACAAUUACAGUAUAAAACAUUUGUUAUAAUUUAAAUAUUAUAUAUUUUAACUGUUAGAUCAUACAGUAUUUUAGCAGAUACCUUGUUGUACGUAUAGUGGACAUGGAUAAAGAAGUUCCUGAAGAAAUGCCUGAAUCAAGCAUGAUGUCCCAAGUUACAACUGUUUUGAAUGAUCAACAGAGCAUAUUGGAAAUGAUACAAAUAUAUAUAAUGGUUCUACCACCGAAGAUUGCAUUACGGAGUCAAAUGCAGAUAGUAUCGCAGCUACAGAUGAUUUAAGACAGUUUGAUGUUCUGGAUGAUUUAGAACGACAUCCGGAUCAAAAUUGCUCUGAUAUGGAUUCGGAUACAAAUGAAAGUAUGGAUUCUGAUGUACCUGAUGAAGAAAUCGAAGCCAUGCUUGAAGAAGAUCAUGCAGCUGCUGAGCACUUUUUUUAGUUAAGUAUUGUAUGCUACUGUUAGGUUUACCAGAAGAAUUUAAAGGCAAAAGAAAAGACAAAAAGGAUAGUGUACCAUAUGAAGAAAAAGAAAAAUUGGUCUUGGAUGAAAUUGGACACAAUCAUUUUGACGUACUCCCAGAAGGUUGGGUACAGGUAACUCAUAACAGUGGAAUGCCUUUGUAUUUGCAUAAACAAAGCAGAGUUUGUACUCUUGCAAAACCAUAUUUUCUUGGACCUGGGAGUGUAAGAAAACAUGAAGUGCCUGUUAGCGCGAUACCUUGCCUUCAAUAUAAAAGAGCUCUUCACGAGGAAGAGGAAGAAAGGAAAAAGCAGAAGGAACGAGAUCCAAAUGCAGAAGUUUGUAGUCUUCCUAGUGCAAAAAUAGAAACAAUUCAAGAAAAUCGAGCAGCUCAUUCGUUAGACAGUGAGCAACUGCGAAAUUAUUGUCAAUCACUUUUCCGUUUCAAAGCUAUCAAAGUAAUGAGGUUUCAAUCAUGGUCAGCCAGAAGAAAAUUUACAAAAAAUAAAAAACAUCGUAAGCAAUUGGAAAGACCCACUUUACCUGAUGGAACUAAAUUAAUAACGUUUCCAGUUAGUAGUUCUAAUCUAGCAGGAAGUAGUGGCAGUGCAACUGGAGAUGACAAUAGCGGACAAAGACCACCAAAGCAUUGGAUAAUGAAUCCCUCGGGUAAAAGUUAUGUUUGUAUACUUCAUGAAUAUGUACAACAUGCUCUUAAGAAACAGCCAACUUAUAAAUUUAAAGAAUUAGAAAAUGCUGCAACACCAUAUUCUGCUGUUGUUUGUAUUAAUGAUAUGGAGUAUGGAAGUGGUUUUGGUAGCAGCAAGAAACAAGCUAAAGCAAAUGCUGCACGAAAAACCCUUGAAAUAUUAAUUCCUCAAAUGAGAGAUAAGAUUUCUGGUGAUAACGGUGGAGAUACAGCUUCCGGUAAUAACAGUCGUAUGAUCAAAGCAUCCAGAGCUAAUUCUGAUGCAGAUUUAUCAUUCUUUGAUGAAAUAUCCAUUACCGAUCCUCGAGUAGCAGAAUUUUGCGCAAAAACAACCGAACCAUCGCCGCAUGCUAUUUUAAUAACUUGUCUUCAACGAAAUUAUGGUCUCGGUGACAUGCAUAUUAAUUAUUCGGUGAAUACAUUAAAACAUCAACGUAAUGAAUUCACAAUGCGUGUUGGGAAACAUGAAGCUACUGUUGUAUGUCGUAAUAAAAAAGACGGCAAACAACGAGCGGCACAAGCUAUUUUGCAACUUAUGCAUCCUCAUAUUCAAUCUUGGGGUUCCUUACUGAGACUGUACGGAUCUCGAAGCGUAAAGUCUUUCAAAGAAAAGAAACAACUGGAACAAGAAAUAACGUUGUUACAAGGUAAAGCUGCGGUAAACCAGCCAAAUCAUGCCAUUUUAAGUAAACUUAGACAAGAAAUGCGAAAAUUAGCUGAACAAAGACAAGCAAUACAACCUAUUGGUAAGUUUGUACCACCAGAUUUACCAACUGGAUCUGCAGCUAACUUAAACAACGUGGAUUUAUAACAUACUAGUCGGCUGUACAUUUUAUUUUUAAACAGAAACUAUACUUUGAUCAUUUGUUACAGUAAA